GAAUCCUAAAUGCAUCACCAACUAUAUGAGUCAAAAUUAAAGAUAAACGAAGACUUAAUUAGCUUUUCGCCACUAAUUCGAGAGGAGCCGCAAUAUAUCUGAACACGCCAUGCUAUAUAUAUCUGAGGUAAAGUCUAAAGACAAUGAAUCAAGAUCACCACAACACAAACAAACGCCUAGUGACGGAAAAACAAUUAAGGUGUUUGAUGUUAGGCGUGGAGGAGCUGCUGCUGCUGGUUUGCUUUGCAUUAUUGACGAAUAACAAAGCUGCUGCUCUCUUCAACAGGAGCAGUUUUCCUCCAGGUUUCAUAUUUGGCUCAAGUUCAGGAUCUUACCAGUAUGAAGGCGCUGCAAAUGAAGGUGGUCGAGGACCAAGCAUAUGGGAUUCCUACACCCACAAACAUCCAGAAAGGAUCAUUGAUGGCAGCAAUGGAGAUGUUGCUCUUGAUCAAUAUCACAAGUAUAAGGAAGAUGUGGAAAUUAUGAAGGAUAUAGGCUUGGAUGCUUAUAGGUUUUCUAUUUCAUGGCCCAGAUUGUUACCAAGUGGAAAGUUAAGUGAUGGUGUGAAUGAGGUUGGAAUCAGAUACUACAACAAUCUAAUCAAUGAACUCCUCAGAAAUGGUCUAAAGCCAUUUGUCACACUUUUUCAUUGGGAUCUUCCCCAAGUUUUGGAAGACGAAUAUGGUGGUCUUUUAAGCGAUCAAAUUGUCAAUCAUUUUCGAGACUAUGCAGAACUUUGUUAUAAGGAAUUUGGUGAUCGAGUAAAGUACUGGACCACAUUGAAUGAGCCAUAUACCUAUAGUAGCAAUGGUUAUGCUUCUGGGUCUUACGCACCAGGACGAUGUUCUGAUUGGCAGAAACUAAAUUGCACUGGUGGAAAUUCAGCUAUUGAACCAUAUUUAGUGACACACCACCUUCUACUUGCUCAUGCUGCUGCUGCAAACUUGUACAAGAAUAAAUUUCAGGCAUAUCAAAAAGGUGUGAUAGGAAUAACGCUCGUCUCACCAUGGUUUGUGCCUCUUUCAGAGGCAAAUGAAGAUAAAAAGGCUGCAUUACGAGCAUUGGAGUUUACUUUUGGAUGGUUUAUGGAACCAUUGACAAGUGGUGAUUAUCCUCACAACAUGCGAUCUCUUGUUGAAAUGCGUUUACCAAAAUUCACAAAAGCACAAUCCAAGGCGCUAAUUGGGUCAUUUGAUUUUCUUGGACUAAAUUACUAUACUGGUUACUAUGCAAGCGAUGCAUCUAAUAAUGUUUAUGAUGAACAUGCAAGCUACUUCACAGAUGUUCGAGUGACUCUUUCAUCUGAGCGGAAUGGGGUUCCCAUUGGUGCAAAGGGUGCUUCAAGCUGGCUAAAUGUUUAUCCAAUAGGAAUUCAAAAUUUGUUACUCUACACGAAGGAAAAGUAUAAUGAUCCAAUCAUUUACAUUACUGAGAAUGGCAUUGAUGAAUUUAAUGAUCCAAAGUUAUCACUUGAGGAAGCUCUUUAUGAUACCCAUAGAGUUGACUAUCACAUUCUUCACCUCUAUUACGUUCAAAGUGCAAUCAAAAAUGGUGUCAAUGUGAAGGGAUACUUUCUAUGGUCAUUACUAGACAACUUUGAAUGGAAGGAGGGAUUCACUGUUCGAUUUGGUACCAAUUAUGUGGAUUACAAUAAUGGGCUGAAAAGACUACCAAAACUCUCAACUCAGUGGUUCAAAAGUUUCCUAGGAAGUAAUGAAGAAGCUUAUUAUUCAUACAUAAUAUAAACUUUUAAGUAGAUCAUUUCCCUCUUUCCAUAUUUGUAAUCAUGCAUUAAUGGAUUAUAUAUAUAUAUAUAUAAUA